AUGGAGAUCACUGAGAAGAGAGAGUUGUUGAAGGAGGAGCAUGGGAGGGGAGAGGAUACAUGGCGUCCUGUGGAGCUGGAGAUGGUGUCUCUGGAGCGGCUAGAGGAGGUGGAGGAAGAGGAGGGUGUUUGUCUAACUGAACCCAUGGACUGUAGUAAGUCUCCAGAGCCAACAGAUGGAGUCAUGGACUCCACACCUAGAAGAGCCCUGCUCACCUCCACUUGUUCCUCCUCUUUACAGACCAAUGGCUGGCGACUCCCCAUCUCCAACAGACUGCCCUCCUUGCCUGCUCUGCCACGACUGGAUAACAACAACGGCUCUGCCCUUGUAAUUUGCCAGCAGGUGCAGUGGGGUGGAGGAGGCCGUGCUAAUGGUUACAGUGGAGCCCAGGUCCAGUCCUCUGACCCUAGUGGCCACUCUGAGCAGGAUGAGGUCAUUUCCUGUCCAGGCUGCUGUCUUGUAGGUCUGAGUUUACCUUCUGUGUGCCUCCGCGGUUCAGCUGCUGUGCCUGGCCCCCGCCGAAGGGCUUCGUUACCCCGGCAGCGACCCUACCGGAACCUCAACGCUACUAUAACUGGUGGCAGCGCUUCCUCGUCAACAACGGCCGCCACAGCAACCAAAGCUCUACUGUAUCGCAGCACAAAUUAA